AAACAAGAAAUGGAGGGAUGUGGCCCGUGCAAAGACAGAGAAACUAAAAUACAAAAAUAUGAAAGUGCAAUAGAAGAGGAGAAAAUUACAGAAUGUCAAAAAGCCGUUGAAAGAGAAACAAUAGCAAAAGGUAUGCAAUGCAAAAAAGAAGAUGAACUAUGUCUCAGAGCCAUGCAAAGGAUACAAAUGCAAGAAAGGAAAUACUUAGAAGAAGAAGAAAAAGAGAGGGAAAGGAUGUGGCACAAUAUACUACUAGAUGACGUCAAGAGAAAGGAAGAACAAGAAAGAAUAAAAAGGCAAAGAAUAAAAGAAGAGAUACUUGAACGUCGUAUGGCAUAUGACGAGCAGAUAGCUAGUGCUAACAGAAAAAGACAAGAACUAUUAAAAGAAGAAAGGGAAAAAGAGAAUAGGAAACUUGAUAGGAUGAAAAAGAAAAUGGAACAAGAUCACUAUGAUGCUAUAAAGCGUAAGAAACAACAGCAAUUAGUUAAUAAGCAAAACUUUAUAGAAGGUCACAAUGAUAAACUCUCGAGAUUAAAACAAGAAAAGAUGCAGGAAAGACAAUUAGACAAUAAUAGUAUAAGAAUAGCUUUAGAAGAAUUACAGAGAGAAAGACAGAAGAAGAUUGAUGAAAUGCAUAACUUACAAAAGGAGAAACAAAUUUUCACGGCAAGCAUCAACCAAGAAAGAAGAAUAGCAUAUGAAUUAGAACAAGAAGUCGAUAAAGUAACAUCGGAAUGGAAACAAACUGAAGAAAACAAAUUAGACGCAUAUCUAAAGAAUGUGGAAUAUGAAAAAUUAAUAGAAAAACAGAAAGCUGCUGAACAGUACAAAAGAUAUUUAGAAGAUAAUAGAAAUAAAAUAGAGCGAGACCGUCAAGAGCGAAGCGAGAGGAUGCAACGCGUCACAAGAACUGCUUUAUCUGAACUGCAAAGGAAACUAGACGAUGCCAAUAUUGAAAUAAGAAAGCAAAUUGAAUAUAGAAAGAGUUUGAGCGAACAAAUUAAAUUGUCUGUGUGUGUGUGUGUGUGUGUGUUAAAAGACAUUGCUCAAAAGGAUAGACCUUUCACUAAAAAAGCGGAGUCGUUUAAAGAUAUCAUGGAAAAUAGACACAAAAUGUCGUCAGCAAGAGUAAGCACGAAUCCUGUGCAUCCAUUUAAAAAGUUUAUAGACACACAAGAAGCAAAAACAUCUACAGUUCAACUGCCUUCAAUUGUUAAACGAUAA